GCCCUUGCAACUGAGUAACGAACGACACGGCAUCCUUUUCAGCUACACCCAAUAUCGCCGCAGCAACCGUCAUCUUUCAUAGAGACGCCAGUUGCCCCCCCCCCCCCCCGGCACAAAACCUCUGCUGAUCAACACUGCGGAUUCCUUCGGGACCGGCAUGAACAGAGGGCUAUCUCACCAUGGCGACCAGUUCGGCCAACGCAAACCCGGCGCGGAAUGAGUUCUUCCAACAGUUAAAACCAUGCUGUGUCUCCAUCAGCCAGUUAGCGAUUAGGCAACAAGGCGAAGCCUCCAAAAGGCUCACUGGUUUGACUGAGGAAUUGCUCAGUAUCCUUAACGACCAAGUCAACCGAGAUGCCACAGUGUUUGACGAGAAGCUUGCCGACUACGUAUUCUUUCCGCUCUCCCAUGUCUUCCGUAGCCACGACCAGUACCCCAAGCCCCUCAUCGAAAUCGCAAUCAAGUGUCUCACCAUAGUCAUCGUUCACGGCUGGAAGUCGAACAUCUCGCCUCAGAUCUUGCAACAGCUUCUCAUCUUACUCACUUUCAUCGUUGGCGGAGUACCUGGAGGAGAAGAAGAAGCACACGAUCUGCCCGAGGAAACCGAACUCGAGUCACUGAGGGCGUUGACAGCCCUCAUCGCCGUGGCUGGAACUUCAACCAAGGCAGCAGCGGCGCUGACUGAAGAAAAGUUGAUUCCGACUCUGGGACACACCAUUACGGUACUUUUGGAGUGUGUUGCGGAUGGCAGGACACCGGAGAUCCAGCUAGAAGCCUUACGAACACUUGCCUGUUUUUACACGGGCAUCAAGGAUCAAGCUGCACUCGCCUCUUUCCUCCCGGGUAUCGUGUCGUCUCUGACGAAGCUCCUUGCCAAGCCCCCGAGAGAGAAGAACAGGGUACUCGUUAGUUCCUUACUUUCUAUGAAACUGGUUCUUGUGCAAGUUCUCGGCGAUGUCAGAACUCGAAGCAUUUCUGCGAGGCCGAACACCGAAGCCUCUUCCGAUACCGACAAGGGUGCCAUUCUGAGCCCGGCAUGGCUCACCGCCACCAAGACACAGAUCAAGCUGGCCUUGGCAACUGUACUGAAGCUCCGAACGCAUGGUUCGAAAGAUGUACGCGAAGCUUUGCUGACGCUAUGUCUGGGGCUCCUCGACGAAUGCCACAUUUCGUUGGAAAAUUGUUCCUCUGUCCUCGUAGAGACGGCCAUGGUUCUGUCACCAACCGGCCAGACUUCAUCGAUUGCAGUAACGAGCUUGCACGACUUGGCAAUCAUUUACUCCGAGCUCGGCGAAACCGUCAAAGUCACAUGCUACAAUUGGAUCACCAGCUUGCCCAGGAUCAUGCAGUCCGCCGACGAAAGCAAAAAACAGACGGCCGUCCAGAAUUUGAUGAGGGGCAUGUCCCUUGUGGGCAGCCUCCAGCUGGACUCGUCACUCUUGGACGAAUCCAUAGCAGCAGCUCUGAGGGACAGCGUCACGUCUUUAGUGACUGGAGUCACGCCGGGGAAAGUUUCAGACCAAACGUCGACAGAUGCCUCAUGGUAUAGCCAAGAUGUUAUGCUGGCCGGCGAAACGUCGAGACAAUACCAAAACGUGUUGCUGGGCCAAGAGAGUCAGUUAGGUACAAGGCUGGCUAUGCUCGACUUGCUUUCCAACGUAGGCCCAGCUUCACAACAAACCAAACUUGCUACCGAGAUGUUGGAUUUCGCCAGAGAUUCGACCGGAGAGAUGCAAAUAUCCUCCUUCUGGUUGAGCUUCGAACUUCUCAAGGCUGCAUUGUCUCGCUCCAGCGAUCUAGAGGACCUUCUGGAUUUCUCCUCGCUGGGCCCUGGUGGGGACGUUGCCGACUCAGUAUUCCAGGAGCUAUACUCGUUUGCCGUGGUACUUCUUGACUCUUACUCGGAGCUGUCCGAGAUCGACUGGAGGCUGGAGGCUACGGCACUCGAGGUCGCCUCAUUUGCCGCCUCUCGAUCCGGCGAAGCAUUCAGACCGGAACUAAUCGAUGUGUUGUAUCCGAUUACGACCUUUUUGGGUUCUUCAAACCUUCAACUGAGGGAGCAUGCCAUUACAACUCUGAAUAUCCUGGCUGCUUCCUGCGGGUACACGAGUGUAUCCGAACUGAUUAUCGAGAACGUCGACUACAUGAUCAACUCCAUCUCACUGCGCCUCAAUACCUUUGACAUAUCUCCAGCAUCCACGAAGGUGUUGAUCAUGAUGACUCGGCUGACGGGACCGCGUCUGCUUCCUUAUCUGGAUGAUGUCGUGGCUUCAGUGUUUGCGGCCCUGGACAACUAUCACGGUUAUCCCAUGUUUGUGGAGAGUCUCUUCGCGGUUCUAAAGGAAAUCGUGAGCCAGGGUGCCAAGUCCGACAAACUUCUUCUGGAAGGCCGCCAGAACGGACCUGAGAGUCACAGAAAAGUAGCGAGCGGCUCGGUGGCAGUCGAAGACGUUGUACGGCUAUUGGAGAGGCGUCGAGAGAGAGAGGCUGCAGUCUCAGCUGCCGAUGCCAAUCUCGAAGAUGCCGGCGGUCACCCGCAAAUUCCUUGGGGUCCCGGCAAAGGCAAGGCCAAAGCGGAUCUUGAGGACGACGAAGGUGCAGCCGGCAACGAAGUCGACAAGGAGAGGCCACCCAAGACACCGACGUAUACUCUCCUGGAAAGAAUCACGGGCCUGACGCAACAUUAUCUCACGUCGCCAAGCCCUACGCUACGGAAGUCCCUGCUCGACCUGCUGGGGACUGUUUCCCCAGCGCUUUCAGGGGACGAGGACUCAUUUCUGCCUUUGAUUAAUGCUGUUUGGCCAGUUGUUAUCAACAGGCUGUACGACGAGGAGGCCUUUGUCGCAAUUUCAGCAUGCGACGCUCUAUCCGCCCUUUGCGCCACAGCUGGCGACUUCUUGAGCUCCAGAAUCAAGACUGAAUGGUGGGAUGGACUUGGCAAGUGGUGUCGCACAAAAAAGUCGGAGGCCGAUCGCUCUCAGGGCCAGAGCAGAACGCGUCAGGAAAGCAGCAAGGCAGGGUGGGCAAAAGCACCUACGAGUCAGGAAAUCGUUAUUCCUAUUCGGUCGGGGGGCGACCUACUUGGUCGCCAAUCUGCAGAAAUGUCUAACAGCUCGUCCCCCGGCGGCCUGGGAAGGUUCGCUCAAGCAGCCCAAGUAUGGGAGGCCGUGACUCGUCUACUGGUCGCCAUCGUUUCUCAUGUUCGACUCGAGUCCGAGGUAUUUAGCGAGUUUCUGGAGCUCUUGACCGAGGUCAUCAGUCAGAACGCUGAGGCACGCCAGGCGUUGGAGGCAGUCAAUGCCGAUGCAGUCUGGCUGGUCCUGUAUCAACGGGGACACGUUAAGCCUAUGAAGACGCCCAAACUUGAGGGCUACAGUUUUCCGCCAAUGACCGGACUGAGCUGAGCCAGAUCCAUGCGACCAGACUGGCUACGACAUCGCGCUGGAUAGACGCCCACUGGAUACUGAUCUCUGACUCGACACGGUGCAUCAGAAAAAACGUUAGUUUUCUGAAAAAUCAGAGCUGUUGAACGACAUGGCAGCUGCCUACGGUAUCCGAUCAGAACCCACCAAUUGGGAGUCAGCCGAUAGCUUGGGAGAAGCUAGAACCGCGCUAGAAUCCAACACAGCGUCUGGACCGGCGCCACAUGCCACUCAUGCGUGAGAGAGGCUCCUACAUGGGAAGGUCCCUUUGGUUGCCAGGCGCUAGACGAUCCACGAUGCCCGGUUAAUUAAUGCGCAAAGGGCCAUGCUUGUCAGCUGACGCGGGGUUGUGCAGCACUUUCAGUCUUGUCGGCGAACCCGAGCCUCUACGAUGACAGGGGAUAGCUGAUAGCAACACAAUCAUCCAAUAUCUAUGAUAAGAGGAUAGCGAACGUAAGAGGGCAAGAUUAUCACGGAACAUGGCAACCGCCCGUAAACCCUGUUCUUGGUGCUAAACGUCUCGAAGAAGUGCAGAAACUAAGUGAUUCAUCGGUCGACCCUGUUUCGGAAUGAUGAAGCGGCGGGCAUACGGGCGGGCAGUGGCUCGAGGGGUAUCUGUAUCUUGAGCAUGUUUGCGGACUGCGAAGUGGGAGUAGCCCCCGAAUACCCCAGAUCCGCACGAGUAGUUGCAUUAUGCACCAAGGCGACGGGUUGCUGGCAGUGCUAUUUGAUGGGGGGGUUCCUGAAGGCCAAGGGGCUAGGGAACGACAAGAUAUCCAUUAUUGCUUGGACCCAACGUUUGGCCAAUCAUCGUCGCACAUCCGGUCGCGGCCAAGGCUUGAUUUCUCUCGGCGCCCAGAGACUUGGGGAUCUCAAUUGCAACUUUAAUACUCUAAUACAACAGACAGUUGGAC